AUGGCGGCAUCAACGGCAACAAGUAUGGGAGGCGAUGCUUGCCCCAACUCCAGCGAGAAGACGUGCAUUUUGUGGCAAAAUGAAGACCAUACAGUCACGCUGCUCGAUGUCCCUUGCUCUAUAGAGCUUGCGCAACAAUUUGAACAUGGCGGCGAAAGAAAACUGUGGUCUUCGUCUCCGUUGGAACAGCCGUAUCCAUCCCUUGAGCCAAAGUCCGAGAAAGCGCUUACUGCCCUGAAGUCCCAGAAAGCGAUUGAGGCCCUGAAGAACCCAGAUACAGAUAUCAACGACCUGAUACUUCACCGGGUUCUCGCCUUGGCUCUAGAAGAAGCAGAAGAGGCGAUAGGGGAUAAUGGUGACAGCCCGCAAGCCUGGUGUCUACCCCGUUCAUGUUAUGAUGAAAAGCAGUCCAGUUUGCAAGAUGACUGGCCGGAGAAACGCCAUCAUAUAAAACAUAAAGCGGGAGAAGCAAGCAAUAUUGCCUCAUCCCCACCGCCGCCAUCGUCCGUGCCUAGCUACCAGUACGGCAACAGCCAAGGAGGUGUUACUGAUUCUUUACCAUUGUCUCCUUUUCCAUUGUUCCAAAACACUAUGGGCCGUACAGUUACUAUCUCUCUCCCAGGCAGCAAUAUCCCUGCCAUAUUUCCUGUAAACAGCACACACAUCCCGGGCGAAAUCAUUUUUACCCUCCCCAUCUUCAUUCAAAAGGCGCCCCGAUUUCCUCUCAUUAUUCUUGAUCCCCCUUGGCCCAACCGUUCCGCACGUCGCGCCGGGCAUUACCACAUAGCCUAUGGAUUAUCAGAGAUUGGCACUUUGUUAUCCGGUAUUCCCAUCAGAAGCAAACUUGAGAAAAACGGCUUGGUUGGAGUGUGGAUUACGAAUAAAGAGAUAUUUCGAGGCUUGCUGCUAGGAAAAGAUGGAGAAAGGGGAUUAUUUGGGGAAUGGGGCAUCGAGCUUGUGGAGGAAUGGGUGUGGCUAAAAAUCACAGGGAACGGAGAGCCGAUGUCACCAAUUGAUGGAACGUGGAGGAAGCCAUUUGAGAUUCUGCUCGUUGGGCGAAGAAUUCCCAGAGAGGAGAUAAAUAUCGACCCGUGCGAGGUUGGUUCAAAAACCGAGUUUGGCGAAGUCUCCGAUGAGAGAAAGGGAAGGGAACAGGUUGGGAAAUCAGGAGAGCAGCCCGUCGUUCAGCCCACGCCAGUCAAACGCCGAGUCAUAAUCGCCGUGCCCGACAUGCAUUCACGGAAGCCAAAUCUCAUGGCUCUCUUUGCACCACUGCUUCCAUCUUCCCUGGUUCCACCGCACUGCCUGGAGAUUUUUGCACGCAACCUUACGGCACAUAGCUGGGCGUGGGGCAAUGAAGUACUGGAGUUUCAGCGCUUAGAGCAUUGGACUGAAUGUGCCGAUACUAGUAAGGAGGCCGGGAAUAUAGAAAAACAUGUGGCACCGGUUUGA